ACUUAUGGCAAAAACGAUUGGACCGGGGUCAGUGCAUUUUCUGCAGUGACCCGGGCCAUAUCAUCAAAUAUUGUCCCAAGUAUAGAGAGACCCGAACGGCUGCCCAAGGGCCAAAAGGCAGCCGCCGAUAGGGGUAGCAACUGCCCCUACCGCUAGGCCAUGUGGGGAACAUAGCGCUAACCGGCAGGAGACUCCCACACCACAUGUGCCUACAGCAGAGGUUGCAGGCCGGUGUCCAGACGUAUUUCCACCUAGAGAAAGAUGGGAAAGUGGAAAAGAUUCUCCACUCACUGACUCUCCUCGUAGAAGACAGCCUCCCCUUUGAUAUUGUGUUGGGAAUGGAUUGGGGGGAGGCAGCCGGGGCAACGCUCCAUCUGAAGGAGCAUGAGUGUAGGCUCCCUAGUUCUGCAGCCGAGGCUAAGAUUGCCCGCCUGUUUCAUGUGUCAGGAGUAGAGAAUUCCUUGCCGCAUUGCUGCCUUAGUGCCCCCGCAUUCGUCAGAUUGGUGAAGAAGGAGAAACUAGAGGAACAGGUCUUUGUUGCCUAUGUUAGGCCAAUCACUKAGCCUACGGAGGAGAAGCCGAUGGACCCUGCGAUUGCCAGGCUGCUGGAAGAGUUCAAGGAUCUAACCGAGCCGCCGAUAGGAGUAGUACCGCGGCCCAUCCAGCACCGCAUUGAGAUAGAGCCUGGCAGUAGAACUCCUAAGGGCACCGUGUACAGGAUGUCUCCACGGGAGUUAAAGGAACUUCGCAAGCAGUUACACGAGCUCCUCGAGAAGGGUUGGAUUAGGCCCAGUUCGUCUCCUUUCGGGGCACCUGUCCUCUUUGUUCCUAAGAAAGAGGGAGAGCUGAGCAUGUGCAUAGAUUGUAGGGGUCUGAAUGCGAUUAUAGUGAAGAAUGUUGAGCCACUUCCAGGGAUAGACGAUCUUUUAGAUCGAGUGCAGGGGGCCAAGUAUUUCUCCGAGAUAGAUUUAAAGUCCGGAUAUCAUCAAAUAGAGGUACAUCCUGAUGAUCAGUAUAAAACAGCCUUCCGGACUAGGUAUGGGCAUUAUGAGUUUAUAGUGAUGCCCUUUGGACUAACCAAUGCGCCAGCUACGUUCCAGCGCUGUAUGAACGAUUUGUUUAGGCCGUGGUUGGAUAGAUUUGUUGUAGUUUACUUGGAUGACAUUUUAGUGUUUAGUAGGACCCUCGAAGAGCAUCAGGGUCAUCUCAGGCAGGUCUUGGAGAAGCUGAGGGAAGCUAACUUCAAGAUCAAUGCAAAGAAGUGCGAUUGGGCCAAGACCCAAGUUUUGUAUUUAGGCCACGUCUUAGACGGAGACGGCGUUAAGCCAGAGGAUAGCAAGAUCGCAGCGAUUAGAGAUUGGCCCACACCACGUACGCUGACAGAGUUGCGCUCGUUCCUGGGCCUAGCUAAUUACUAUAGGAAGUUCGUGAGGAACUUCUCCACCAUCGCUCCGCCCCUCCGCAGAUUGCUGAGAAAAGAGACAAUCUGGAAGUGGGACAAGGAUUGCACGUCUGCGAUGAAAAAAUUAAAGCAGGCAUUGAUAGAGUAUCCGGUCCUUAAGGUCGCCGAUCCGUCCUUGCCUUUUGUCGUUACUAUAGAUGCUAGCCAGUACGGCAUAGGCGCGGUGUUACAGCAAGACAAUGGCAAUGGGUAUAGACCCGUAAAGUUCAUGUCCGCCAGAAUGCCUUCAGAGAAGGUUGCAACAUCUACCUAUGAGAGGGAACUCUACGCUCUCAGGCAAGCAUUAGACCACUGGAAGCACUACUUGCUUGGGAGGCACUUCAAAGUCUAUUCUGACCAUGAAACAUUACGAUGGUUAAAGACGCAGGCCAAGAUGACACCUAAGCUUACUAGGUGGGCCGCAGAGAUAGAUCAGUACGACUUUGAGCUCAAGCCUGUCAAAGGGAAGUACAACGUAGUUGCGGAUGCUCUGAGUAGGAGAGCAGAUUACUUUGGGGCAAUAGUACAUUACCUCGAUAUAGGAAAGGAUCUGCAGCAGAAGGUUAGAGAAGCCUACGCGCAGGACCCUAUCUAUAGUGAGCUCCUCACGCGAGUCAAGAAGGCCCCAGAGACCGAGCCGAGCUACCGCACUACUGGAGGGUUACUCUUCGAGAAGACUAAUGUCUUUGACCGGCUGUGCAUCCCCAAUAGCAAAGAGAUCCGUAGUCUGAUUCUGGGGGAAUGUCACGACACAGAGGGUCAUUUCGGUUGGCAAAAGACUUUGGCCAAUCUGAUGCGCGCGUAUACCUGGCCAGGGAUGAAGAAUGACUGCGUAGAGUAUGUUCGCAGUUGCAAAGUCUGCUAGCGUAAUAAGAGUUCUACGCGCGCCCCGCUAGGUCUUCUCAGACCCUUGCCCAUUCCGGAUCAGCCGGGAGACU